AUGUCAAACGCCAUGGAUAAACGCAAGUUGAUCGCUGAAGUCCGUAAGAGACCUGCACUGUGGGAUAUUAGAACCAAAGAACAUAAAUCCCUAAAAAUACUUCAAAAAGCGUGGAAAGAUGUGGCUGUCGCUAUGGGAUCAAAUGUUACAGCUAAUGACUGCAGUCGUACGUGGAAAAGUGUACGGAAUACUAAUCUAGUAAUACUUAAGAGGAUAGAGCUACGCAUCCAAGAAGCUAAACAGAAAGGUUCAUAUAAUCCUAACAAUGACUAUGGCAGUGAUUGGCCUUAUUUGGAACACAUGAAAUUUGUGAAUGACAUUAAAAAACUACCUGUUACUGACAACAAAAGUGAUCUUGAAAUAGACAAAUUUAAGUUGAUCGCUGAGGUACGAAAGAGACCUGCAAUAUGGGAUGUUAAUAGCGAAAAAUAUUGUAGAACCAAAGAAAUUUAUCAAACAGCGUGGAUAGAUGUGGCUGUCGCUAUGGGAUCAAAUGUUACAGUUAAAGAUUGCAGUCGUAUGUGGCAAAAUUUACGGUGUAAUCAUCGAGUAGUAGUUAAGAGGAUAAAGUUACGCAUCCAAGAAGCUAAACUGAAUGGUUCAUAUAAUCCUAAUAAUGACUAUGGCAGUGAUUGGCCUUAUUUGGAACACAUGAAAUUUGUGAAUGACAUUAAAAAACUACCUGUUACUGACAACAAAAGUGAUCUUGAAAUAGACAAAUUUAAGUUGAUCGCUGAGAUACGAAAGAGACCUGCAACAUGGGAUGUUAAUAGCGAAAAAUAUAGAAGCAAAGUAGUUUAUCAAACAGCGUGGAUAGAUGUGGCUGUCGCUAUGGGAUCAAAUGUUACAGCUAAAGACUGCAUUCGUACGUGGCAAAGUUUACGGACAAAUUACAGAGAAGUAGUUAAGAGGAAAGAGUUACGCAUCCAAGAAGCUAAACUGAAUGGUUCAUAUAAUCCUAAUUAUGACUAUGGAAGUAAAUGGACUUAUUUGAAACACCUGCAAUUUGUGAAUGACAUUAAAAAACAAUCUGUUAAUGACAACAAAAGUGAUCUAGAAAUGUCAAAUCAAAUAGACAAAUUUAAGUUAAUCGCUGAAAUGCGAAUGAGACCUGAACUGUGGGAUAAUCAAAGUGAAGAACAUAGAUCCUGUUUAUCUGUGCCAGAAGUGUGGAAAGAUCUGUCUGUCAGUGUGGGAUCAGAUGUUGAAAAAUGUCAGCGUAACUGGAUAAAUUUAUGUAGGUCAUAUCGGAGUUCAGUGAAGCAUAUAGAGUCACGCAUCAAAGAAGAUAAGUUGAAUGGUUCAUAUGAUCCCAACAAUGACUAUAGCAGUAAGUGGGCUUAUUUUGAGGCAUUCCAAUUUAUGAAGGACCAUACAACACAUUGGAUUAAACUCCGAACUUCUGCUGAUAAAUUGAAGUUAAUCGCUGAAGUCCGAUAUAGGCCUGAACUAUGGUGCAAAAGCAAAGAAUAUAUACCCCGUUUUGCUUUACAGAAGUCAUGGGAAUAUCUGGCUCGCGAUAUGGGAGCAGAUGUUGAUGACUGCAAGCGUAAUUGGAAAAUUUUACUGUCGGCGCAACGAACAGAAGUUAAGAAGUUAGAGUUACGUAUUAAAGAAGAUAAGUUGAAAGGUUCAUAUAAUCCUAACAAUGAAUAUAGAUCUAACUGGAUUUAUUAUGAACACAUGAAAUUUUGUUAUGACAUUAAAAACCCAAGUCUCAUGGAACUUGGGAACACAUCUGUUAAUGACAAUAAUAGUGAUGAUAAUGACUUAAACCAAGUUUCCGAACUUGAAAAUAUGGACAAUUAUAAGAUGGAACCAGAGCUUGAUCUAGACACAGAAGUGUAUAUACCCGACGAUGAAGAUGAUGACACUGACAGCCAAAUGUAUAGCAUAGAAUUUGUAAGCGAACCAAAUUCUCCACAAAAUCAAGAGUCAGCAGAUGAUAAACCAUCGUCAACAGGCGGGAACUGCACUAAACAAUCUUUUGAUCAGGCGAAUUUAUUAGAGGAUAUUAAAAAGGAGGAGCAUAACUUAACAAAGUCCGCUAAUGCGGAACCUGGUCUUGUUCUAGACCCAGAAGUGUAUGUACCCGACGAGGAAGAUGGUGACACUGACAGCCAAAUGUCUGGCAUGGAAUUUUUAAGCGAACAAAAUUCUCCACAAAACCAAGAGUCAGCAGAUGAUAAACCUUCGUCAACCGGAGGGAAUUGCUCUAAACGAACUUACGAUCAGUCGAAUUUCUUGGAGGAUAUUGAAAAGGAGGAGCAUAACUUAACAAAGUCCGCUAAUGCGGAACCUGGGCUUGAUCUAGACACAGAAGUGUAUAUACCCGACGAUGAAGAUUAUGACACUGACAGCCAAAUGUCUGGCAUGGAAUUUUUAAGCGAACCAAAUUCUCCUCAAAACCAAGAGUCAGCAGAUGAUAAACCAUCGUCAACAGGUGGGAACUGCACUAAACGAACUUACGAUCGGGCGAAUUUCCUGGAAGAUCUUGAAAAGGAGGAGCAUAACUUAACAAAGUCCUCACGUUUGGGUAUAACACGUUCUAAUAGUAUGAUUAAUGUCGGCGAUUCCGACUUUAAUUUCUUGGUCAGUUUGUUGCCGCAAAUGAAAAUGAUUAAUAAUUUGCAAAAUUUUAAAUUUCGUGAAAAAAUGAACAAUGUGAUGUUCAAUAUUAUGUCUGCUUCAUCUUCGCGGAAUGUAAAAUCUAAUAACAAAUCUUAGUUUGUCUAGUGUUUAUGGAAAUUUAAGG